AGGUGCGGGGCGCGCGGCCCGCGCAGGCCGGUGGCGGCGAUGCCGGACCCCGCGGCGCACCUGCCCUUCUUCUACGGCAGCAUCUCGCGCGCCGAGGCGGAGGAGCACCUGAAGCUGGCGGGCAUGGCCGACGGGCUGUUCCUGCUGCGCCAGUGCCUGCGCUCGCUGGGCGGCUACGUGCUGUCGCUGGUGCACGACGUGCGCUUCCACCACUUCUCCAUCGAGCGCCAGCUCAACGGCACCUACGCCAUCGCGGGCGGCAAGGCGCACUGCGGCCCCGCCGAGCUCUGCGAGUUCUACUCCCGCGACCCCGACGGGCUGCCCUGCAACCUGCGCAAGCCGUGCAACCGGCCCGCGGGCAUGGAGCCGCAGCCCGGGGUCUUCGACUGCCUGCGCGACGCCAUGGUGCGCGACUACGUGCGCCAGACCUGGAAGCUGGAGGGCGAAGCCCUGGAACAGGCCAUCAUUAGCCAGGCCCCCCAGGUGGAGAAGCUCAUCGCCACCACGGCCCACGAGCGGAUGCCCUGGUACCACAGCAAGAUAAGACAGGAAGAGACCGAGCAGCUUAUAGUAGGGGACAGCAGAACCCACCCCAAGGAUCUGCUGAGGCCCCGGAAGGAGCAGGGCACAUAUGCGCUGUCCCUCAUCUACGGGAAGACGGUGUACCACUACCUGAUCAGCCAGGACAAGGCCGGCAAGUACUGCAUCCCCGAGGGCACCAAGUUCGACACGCUGUGGCAGUUGGUAGAGUACCUGAAGCUGAAGGCCGACGGCCUCAUCUACUGCCUGAAGGAGGCCUGUCCCAACACCAGCGCCAGCGCAGCGGCAGGGGCCGCUGCACCCACUCUCCCAGCCCACCCGUCCACCUUCACGCAGGCUCAGAGACGGGUGGACACCCUCAACUCCGAUGGAUACACCCCUGAGCCAGCACGCCUGGCGUCCUCAGACAAGCAGCGGCCGAUGCCCAUGGACACAAGUGUGUACGAGAGCCCCUACAGCGACCCCGAGGAGCUCAAGGACAAGAAGCUCUUCCUGAAGCGCGAGAACCUCCUCGUGGCCGACAUUGAACUUGGCUGUGGCAACUUUGGCUCAGUGCGCCAAGGCGUCUACCGCAUGCGCAAGAAGCAGAUCGACGUGGCCAUCAAGGUGCUGAAGCAGAGCACGGAGAAGGCGGACAAGGACGAGAUGAUGCGGGAGGCGCAGAUCAUGCACCAGCUGGACAACCCCUACAUCGUGCGGCUCAUCGGCGUGUGCCAGGCAGAGGCGCUCAUGCUGGUCAUGGAGAUGGCCGGCGGCGGGCCCCUGCACAAGUUCCUCGUGGGGAAGAAGGAGGAGGUCCCCGUCAGCAACGUGGCGGAGCUGCUGCACCAGGUGUCCAUGGGGAUGAAGUAUCUGGAAGAGAAGAACUUCGUGCACCGCGACCUGGCGGCCCGCAACGUCCUGCUGGUCAACCGGCACUAUGCCAAGAUCAGCGACUUCGGCCUCUCCAAGGCCCUGGGGGCGGAUGACAGCUACUACACCGCGCGCUCAGCGGGGAAGUGGCCGCUCAAGUGGUACGCGCCCGAGUGCAUCAACUUCCGCAAGUUCUCCAGCCGCAGCGACGUCUGGAGCUAUGGGGUCACCAUGUGGGAGGCCUUCUCCUACGGCCAGAAGCCCUACAAGAAGAUGAAGGGCCCCGAGGUCCUGGACUUCAUCAAACAGGGCAAGCGGAUGGAGUGUCCCCCUGAGUGUCCGCCCGAAAUGUACGCACUCAUGAGCGACUGCUGGAUCUACAAGUGGGAGGACCGUCCCAACUUCCAGAUGGUGGAGCAACGCAUGCGAACCUACUACUAUAGCUUGGCCAGCAAGGCCGAGGAGCCUGGGCAGAAUGGACAAGGGGUAGAGGCUCCGUGCGCCUGAGCCAGCCCAGCCCAGCCCGUGGACCCCUCCCCAGCUGCCGGCCUCUGCCCUCAGCCGUCCUAGGAGCUGCAGAGUGCGGAGGGAGGCUCAGGUCCUCUCCCCCGACCAGCGCCCCUCAAAUUCCCCACCCGGUCCCUGUCCUGUUGGGCCAGGGGAGGAGGGGAGCCUGGGAGUGGGGUGUGCAGACUGGUCCUGGGCUGAGGAGCCACCUCACUGGGGGGCCAUCCUCGGGACCCUGAAGUGGGAAGGCUAGAGGCCUUUGGUGGCUGGACUGUAACGACUGGAAUAAACUCCUUUGCCCUUUU